AUGGAAGCUCCUUCUAGAGGUUCGAAUAAUGGUUCAGUCAGGGCCCGUGAGACCAGUGGUACGUCACAUAUUGGCUUCACCACACUCAGUGGAGGCAUGAUUUCAAUCAAUGCCUAUAUGAAGCAAAGUGCAGCAAGUGCACACAUUCACCCUGCUGAGGUACCAGUCACCAGCAACAGCAACGUCUGGACUAACAUCAUGGAAGCUCCUGCUAGAAGUUCAGUCAGAGUCUGUGAGACCAGUGGUACAUCACAUAUUGGUUUCAACACCCUCAGCGGAGGCUUGAGUUCAAUUGUUGCUUACAUGAAGCAAAGCACCAGGGGCAUCAACGCUCAAUCGGUACCCUUCAGUACAGGUAGAGAAUGACAGAUAAGCAUUCACCAUCUUCAGGUGCCAAAUGCAAGACGACCAUAUCCGUUGAAAAGUAGUGAAAGGGGGUUCACAGGAUCAAGCCUGGAGUUCACCCAUUUUUCUUGCUGGGGUACCAGCCACCAGCACUUUCUGUGCUACCACCAUGGAAGCUCCUACUAGAGGUUCAAAUAAUGGUUCAGUCAGGGCCCGUGUGACCAUUGGUACGUCACAUAUUGGCUUCACAACACUCAGUGGAGGCAUGAUUUCAAUCAAUGCCUAUAUGAAUCAAAGUGCAGCUAAGUGUUCCUCUAGAGUGUUAUAACACAGAACCUUUCAAGGCCUGAACGAGGAGUAAUUCCAACAGACAAAAGCAUGUCAAGAUUAGUAAAGCCUGUAUAGGAUUGUAAGAGGAUCUCAAUGACUGUCUCAGGGAUGCCUAUACUAAUAUGGACUCCCGCAUCAACACCAGAACUUGAGGAUCCUGGUGUGUCAUGGGGCCUUGUAAUAGGUCUGGACGUACAGGAAUUUCCCUUGGAGGUUCCAGAAUAAUCUUAUUCAUCAUAAGAAUUAGAGUCGACACGGUCUUCCACUGUCACCUUUUGCAUUGCCUUUUUAAGAAGGUCGAAAACAGGAAAAUAUGUACAUCAGACUAAAAUUCUAAAUUUGAGCCAGUGUAUCCUGAACCUGAGCAUUCUGGUCCUAGCAUGUAAAAGAUACUUCUGGACCUGGUAGUUCCAAGAAAUGGCCAUCGGAUCUAUGCAGGGUAUCAGACAAUCUGCGUCAACCACGACGAUACGUCAGGACAUGGUUGCCAAUCCACCUUGUCCACAGUUAUUCGGCUCCAGCAAACAGCCAUGGUAUUCUGAGCCACUGGUUGUUCUUCUGUGCCCUGAUCAUUAUGGGCUGGAAUUCCAUCAAUACAUAUCUGUGAGACCCAUCUUGGUAGAUAUAGGAUAUAAUUGCAUUGAUAUUUGAGCAAAUUUGGACCCACUCGUUCUUCAGCAAGCCUCUGAAGUGAAGAAGAGCCUUGAAAAUGACUCUUAAUUCCAUACAAAUGAAUGGAAAUAUUGUGCAACAUGGUCCAAACACUGUGCAACCAAACUUAUAAAAACUGGAAUUCGAGCUAAUAAUUGACCAAUGAGGUUCUGUUCACUGGAAACUCAGAGAUCUAAUCCCUCUUUCAGCUGCCAGGGUAAGGUGCAACUCCACUGAUGGGGACAUAGUAAGUGGCUGGCUCCAAUAAUCUUUCUCUUGUUAGACCAAGAUAGGAAGGAUCUGUAAGGAAUCCAGAGAUGCCAUUGGGCCCAUCUGACAAGUCUGCUGAUGGAAGCCAGGAUUCCUAGUAGUUGCACCUAUUUUCUUGCUGUUACCAGGUAGAAAUGAAGAAACUGGGAGAGAAAACCUUUACAAUCUGUGGAACUGUUCCCGAGAUAUGGAAAAGCAGAGCCUAGAAUUUUCCAUUCAUGGAUAUCAUCCACUGAGCUGGUCUGAAACUGCUUUUCUUGAUAUUCAUCAAGCAGCCAAACUUUAGGAGUUAUGAAAGAACUCUAUACCUAUGUGUGCCUGCCUUCUGAGGGUCUAAGGCUAUCAGAAGUAGAUCCUCCAGAUAAUGGAACCAGGUGGAGUUCUGGACUCUCAAUAACAUUAUAAGCACAUAGAAAGAUUCUUGGGGCCGCAUUGAGGCCAAAUGGAAGGGCACUAACAUGGAAGUUCUCUUCUGAGCUAAUGCAGAAGAUCUCUGCAGAUUGGACUGAAAGUAAGCAUCCUUGAGAUAUAUAGAGGUAAGGAAAUUAUCCUUCCAGAUUGCUUGAGAUAUGGAUCCGAUUGACUCCAUCCCAAAGACUCUAACAUUCAGCCUCUUGUUGGCCCACUUAGGUCCAGUGUAGGCUUUCAUGUGCUUUUCCUCUUAGCACCAGAAGAGAGACGAAACUUGUCCCUGGAACUGCUCUUGUUCUGGGACCUAAAAAAAAAAAAAAAAAAUCACCUCUUCGUCCAGAAGGCUUCUUCCUUCAGUGCUUUACCUUUGUAUUCAUUGGUCUUAAUACUGUUGGUAUGGAGACUCCUGUGCCCGUUAAGAAAAAACUCCAGUCUAUAUCAAUCUGGACCAUGGAUACCACUCAAGCCUCCAGAGUAUGACGAGCCCAGGUAUGUGUGAUCAGAAAAAUGAGGCUCCUAGUACUGGAGGAGAUAUUUUCAUUGCUGAAGAGCAAAACAACUGCGUUCUAGCUCCAUUAGAACCUUGAAAGGCAGGUUUACCAACUGCCAUGAGUUACCUCUAGAGUAUUCCCUGUAGGGCCAGUAGCUCCCUGUAUCUCAGAAAUACAGGUCACUGGAGGUUCUCCGGUCAGACUAUGAGGAGCUGGGAUCCUUGGAACUUCCAUCCUAAGGUACCAAUAUCUUGCAGCCCUCAUUCGCCUUUUCAAUGGAAUUAUCCAAAGUUUUCCCAAACAGCACCACCCCUUCAAAUAGAAUGGUGUAGAGGGCAGACUUGGAGGAUGAGUCAUCAUCCCAGAAACAGAACCAUAAUGCUUUCUUAGCUGCUAUAGAUAAAGCCAUUUGAUCCAAAGGAUAUCCUAGUUACAUCUAGGGAAGUUUCUGUGAAGAAGUCAGUUGUAACCUGAAGACUUCAGACUGCCUCUUCAAUCUUGGUUUUUAAUAUCUCGCUCCAUAGUAGCCUUUAGAUCUUUAAUCACAUAUUUCAUGUUUGUAGAAACAGCAGCGGAAAUCACAGCUGGCUGGCCUCCUGCAAUGGUAGGCGUAAAGUUUUGGACAGGUCUGCGUCCACCUAUGAUCCAUAAGUGUGCAACUUAGGUGGUGUAGUUCUGGGGUUGGAAAUAACUUCCUCCACAGGUUAAAGCCUGGCCUCUUUUCUUACCCCUAAGGCCUCUGGAACUUACUUUGUAAUCCCUGCCCGCAUGUCAUGUGGCUGCACAGUGAUAGGUCAUGUUGAAGCGACAACCUUCUGGAGGAAGUCCGUGCAUAACUGAUUCCUUCCACUGUUUUAUCCUCGUAACCAGAUCCUGGUGAAGAAUCAGACACCUGACAAAUAAUAAUAACUAAAUAUUACCUGUGGUAAAGUAUUAAGAAAAAAUGUGCACUGUUAAAUUCUAUAAGAAACCAGCGAAACCGCUUUAAAACAGGCUAAAGACAGCACUUAUCCAUGUCUCGAGACCCUGCAAAUACUUACCAAAUAAGUGUGGUAUGUUUACUGUAAUUGUCCCUUUAUUUUAGGCACUUUCUGGCAAUUGCCCUUAUCCAAAAUGGCUGCCACAACUUGUAUUCUCACAAUGCAAGUCAUCUGUAUUAGGCCCAAUAAGGCACAAACUGCACACAUGUGGGCCUAUUCCGAGUGUGUUUGCUGUUUAGAGACCAGGGAGAGGACUCUGUCUGAAGCCUGCAUGGCCCCUAAACACCCAGGGAACCAGGAAUAAAUCACCGGGACCGAGGGGGAAGCAAAAUAGAUAACAAAAGUGCCUGCAAGGAAGUUUAAAAGGCAACCAAGUGCAAACAGUCAAAGUUUAAAGGCACCACAGUCUAAAGGCCUCAAGGUAUAAAAGGUAACAGUUUUCAAAUCUAACAGUUUCCAAAAUGUAACACAGUUUUUAAAAUAUAUCAGUCUUCAAAUGCACUGCAGUUUUCCAAAUGUACUGCGGUUUCCAAUGACUUGCGGUAUUACAUGCAACAGUAUUAAAUGCAAAUUUAAAUGAAACAGUUUUAAAUGUCACACAGCUUAAAUGCUUCCUAGCAAAAGCACAACCGCAUAAUGUACCACAAUCUUAAAAAAUAAGGUACAGCUGUACAAUGCACUCGUUUAACCCCCUAAGGACACAUGACAUGUGUGACAUGUCAUGAUUCCCUUUUAUUACAGAAGUUUGGUCCUUAAGGGGUUGAAGAUAUCAAAGCUUAAAUGCAUCACAGCAUAAAAAGCACAACUGCAUAAUGUACUACAAUAAAACAGCAAAUAAAUUAAUGAAAAUAAAACAUACAUGUCCGUAAGUAAAGGGAGCAAAUUGCUCACGUCCUAAGGGCUGUAGGACAGGAAAAAGACUGAGGACCUUAGGGAUGGAGCCUCCUUUUAAAACCUUGGUGGUUUUCCUGUCCUAUCGGCUGUAGGGGAGGAGCUAACCCAUGUGUAUAUGCUGCCAUGAUUAGCCAGGAAAUAUAUAUUAAAGUUACAAAGCAUACAUAAAGCAACAGUACAUUUAGUUCACAAUGCACUGUUGCUUUAUGUAUGCUCAUAUAUAGUGUAUACCGUGUAAACAGUGUAUGUGUGUAUAUAUAUAUAUAUAUAUAUAUAUAUAUAUAUAUAUAAAUAUAUAAAAACCUGUAUAUAAAUAUAUACACCGUCACUUUAAUUAUUGUAUUGUAUUGUAUCAUUAAGCUAUGGCUAUUUCUUUGCGGUAAUAUGAACUUCCUAUCACGUGAUUGAUUUGCACUGCUAUUUAAUUGCACCAUGUUUAAAGGGACACUAUAGUCACCUGAACAACUUUAGCUUAAUGAAGCAGUUUUGGUGUAUAGAACAUGCCCCUGCAGCCUCACUGCUCAAUCCUCUGCCAUUUAGGAGUUAAAUUCCUUUGUUUAUGAACCCUAGUCACACCUCCCUGCAUGUGACUUGCACAGUCUUCCAUAAACACUUCCUGUAAAGAGAGCCCUAUUUAGGCUUUCUUUAUUGCAAGUUCUGCUUAAUUAAGAUUUUCUUAUCCCCUGCUAUGUUAAUAGCUUGUUAGACCCUGCGAGAGCCUCCUGUAUGUGAUUAAAGUUCAAUUUAGAGAUUGAGAUACAAUUAUUUAAGGUAAAUAACAUCUGUUUGAAAGUGAAACCAGUUUUUUUUUUUUCAUGCAGGCUCUGUCAGUCCUAGCCAGGGGAGGUGUGGCUAGGGCUGCAUAAACAGAAACAAAGUGAUUUAACUCCUAAAUAACAGUGAAUUGAGCAGUGAAAUUGCAGGGGAAUGAACUAUACACUAAAACUGCUUUAUUUAGCUAAAGUAAUUUAGGUGACUAUAGUGUUUCUUUAAUAUCAAUUUUUGGUGUGAUAAAGACUCUAUCACUGGGUGGAAUCAUUGCUCCUGUAAGUGCACAAUAAUGGAAACCUAAAAACACUGAUUAGUGCUGGGCCAUUUGUUUUUAUUUGGAUCCUUGGCUGGUCAUUGGAUGAAACUGGAAGCCCACGGAACCCUCUUAAACUCUUGAAAGUUUUAAAGAGUGCUGGUCUGUCUGUUAUCUACUAAAAAAGGGUAAUAUGAGAUAUGAGGGGAAUAAUAGAUACAAAGGAGGAGCAAGAGACACAAAGGGGUGGGUUAAAGCGGCACUGUCAUGCCGAACUUACCUUUCCUCAAUCUCUUCAUCUUCUCCCCCUCUCUCAGGAUCUGUUAUUCUUUUCUUCCUGUCUUCUUUAGUUUUCUUUAAAAUCAUAAGACAAAGUAGGGACUCUUUGCCUUAUGGAGGAUUCCUCCGCUUGACCAGCUCUGACCAGCGGAGGAGCAAAGUGUGCUUCAUUUCCGCUGGUCAGAGCAAUUUUCCCAUGAUUCUAAACUUCCCUCUGUGUUCCCGCGAUGUUUCCUGUCAUUUUAGACGAAACUGCCGAAUUGCGUUCUAACUGAAUGAGAACAGUAUGUUAGUUUCUUUUAGAACGCAAUUCGGUACUUUAUUCGGAUCGGAAUUUCAUUCUAAUGAAUGAAACUCCAAUCCUAUUCUUGCUGUGGCUGCAUCUUGCAGCUGCUUAUUAGAUAACUCCCUAAUUCCCACGGUAUCAGGGAGUUAUCUACUAAAAGGCUGAAAGACCUAAAUUGGUCUUUCAGCCAACUUUACUAAUACCAAGUAAAAAUUACUUAGUAUUAGUAUUAAUAUGCCCCUACUCGCUAUACCGCGAGUAGGGGCAUGUCUGGUAAACAGUGAGCAGCCUGUGGCUGCUCACUGUAAAAAAAAAAAAACCUAUUGGCCCCCACCCCUAAACGACGGGUGGGGGCCCUAAAGUAAAAUAAGGGGGGAGACCUAAUGUCGUCCCCCCCUGGCCCACACCCCUGCGCGGUGGGUGGGGGUCAUAACGAUAAUGAGGAGGGGGACCUAGUGUCCACCCCCCCGGCCCCACCCCUGGGCGGCGGGUGGGGGCCAUAAUGAUAACGAGGGGGAGGGACCUACUGCCCCCCCGGCCCCCACCCCUGGGCAGCGGGUGGGGUCCAUAGUGAGAAUGAGGGGGGACCUACUGCCCCCCCCGUGGCCCCCACCCCUGGGCGGCGGGUGGGGGCCAUAGUGAGAAUGAGGGGGGGACCUAGUUCCCCCCCCCCGUGGCCCCCACCCCUGGGCGGCAGGUUGGGGGCCAUAGUGAGAAUGAGGGGGGGACCUGCUGCCCCCCCAGCCCCCACCCCUGGGUGGCGGGUGGGGACCAUGAAGAUAAUGGGGGGGAACCUACUGUCCUCCCCCCCCCAGCCCCCACCCCUGGGCUGCGGGUGGGGGCCCUAAGUCAAUUCCCCCCCCACACCAAGGUGACUAGGGGUCCCCAAGCCCCUAGUCACCCACCCCCCACCCAAAAAAAAAGUCCCUACCUACCCCCCUCACCCUAAAAAAUAGUGAGGGGGGAAUAAAAUAACUAACCUGUAAAAUAAAAUUAAACUUACCAUUCGACGUCUUCUUUUUUCUCAAAUCUUCAUUUUUCAGCCCCAAAAAAGGCCAAAUAAAAAAACCAUCAUAACCGUCGAAUUGAAAAUAAAAUAAAAAUCCUGAGCACAAAAAAAAAAAACAGACGAAAAAGAAAAAACCCGAGCGCAAAAAAAUAAUCCAUCUUCACCCAUGGAGGGCUCCGCGCAGACUGAGCUCCGGGAAGGCUUAUAAAGCCUUGCCCCGCCCUGCAAUUACGCUAAGAACACUCUGAUUGGUGGGUUUAAACCCCCCUCAUUAUCUUUAUGGCCCCCACCCGCCGCCCAGGGGUGGGGGCGGGGCAGCAGGUCCCCCCCUCAUUCUCAUUAUGGCCCCCACCCGCCGCCCAGGGGUGGGGGCCCCCCUCAUUCUCACUAUGGCCCCCACCCGCCGCUCAGGGGUGGGGACAUUAGGUCUCCCCCCUUAUUUUACUUUAGGGCCCCCACCCGUCGUUUAGGGGUGGGGGCCAAUAGUUGUUUUUUUAUUUUUUUUACAGUGAGCAGCCACAGGCUUGUGCUAUUAUGGGGGUCAUAUUGACCCCCAUAGAGUGAGGGGGGGACCUUGGGGGGCUUAUGAAGUGGCGGGGAGCACUGCUCCCUGUCGCUUCUAUCUUUACAUAUUACAAGGAGGUAGCUGCGUGCCGGUAGCUCCCUCCUUGUAAUAAACUGAGCGAACAAACGAACACUGAUGCAUUGUGUUAGUUUGUUCGUCUGAUAUGUCUAUUCACUCAUUCGUCUGUCUGAUGAAUGAAUAGAUGAAAUUCCCGUUCGCAUGUCCAGGUGUUUCACUGGGCAUGUGCGGGAAUCUCAGUGCUAUCUAGUGAGGGCUGAUGACGUGUCCCACAGGGACUUCACCUACCCACACAAAGAUUGGGGCAGAAAAUAAAGAUUAAAAAGUAGGUAAUGUGGGGGGCUUAGGGGCAUUUGGGGGUGACUAGGGUGUUAGUUAGAUGUAGUGGAGGCCGGAGGGGGGUUAAAAAACAGGAUUCGGCAUGACAGUGCCGCUUUAAUAUUAAACAACAAGAGUAUGGAAAUACAGUAUAUAUGUGGUGCUGAGGCAGCAGCAAAGAAAGAGGGAGUGGCUUAGGUCACAUGAGGGGACAUAGUACAAGGACUGAUCCCAUUGGUUAAUAUACCUGGAAUGUUAUAUGGUUAACCCUUAAGGGUAUUCUGUGUUUUUUCUUGUUAUUGCUAUAUUCAAAUAUCAAUAUCCUUUCUUUGCUGCUGAGGAAUAAAGAAAGCCAUAAAUAAAGCCUAAUACUUGCCUCCGUGUCCUUUAAUAAAAUUCAAGUUUUAUCUAAGCAGCCAAUCAGAAUCCGGCUUUGAUUGCGUAAAGAAGUGUUAUAUUUUUCCAUGCGUCUAUCUGUACCUUUAAGUACCUGCUUUCUUUAUAAUGCAGUAUAAAAUGUAAAAAAAUUGUAAAUAGUCAACAUUAUUGCUGCAACCCUUUGCCAACAGAAUCAGCGGACGUAUCCGUGUCCGUGGAAUUCAGGUUCAAUUCGUUGAUGGAUACACUUUGUCCACCAAUCGGAGAACUUCCAAAGGCAAUUCUAACCCUUUUUUUAACAUUCUAGGCAGAAAUAAAAGCGCUUAAAGAACGAUUGGAGAUUGAAAAACAGGCAUGGGAGCAGAACUACAUGAAGAAAGAGGUAUAAUGUUUGCAGUGCUAUUUACGGUUUCUAGAACAAAAUUGCUAAAUUCUUCAGUUUUGGCUCGGUUUUAAGCUCAGCCAUUUUGAAAUUCACUUUCAAUUCUGGACCAUUCUCACUUCAGUGAAUAACCCUGAGAGUUUGCUUUCUUUAGAUGAAUUCUAGUUUCAGAAUUCCUUCCUAUAGUCAUUGAUCCCAUUGUACAGCGCUACAGAAUCUGAUGGCGCUAUAUACAUAAUAUAAUAAUAAGUAUAAUCCUGUCCCUCGGCAGAUUGGUUAACCAAGAACUUGUUUUUCAGCACCGAGUAAUAAAACCUAAUUAACGAGACUGCAGGUCACAGGGUCAAUCCACUUUACAUUGAGUUAUCAGAUUAAACUCUCCAGAUUUAUUUUCCCACUUCAUUUUUUUAAUCAAAGUCAAAUUAAAUAAAAUAUAUAUAUUAUUACAUAAACUAAUAAUGCAGAAAUCUUUUCUAAUCCCUAAAAACUAACUUUUCUUCAGCUUCAAGCUGCCCUCUGUAGUUAUCAAAUCCACCCAGCACUAAAACUCCUAUCAGAAUGGAAUUCUCAAAGCUUGUGUUCUGGUUUCCCCUCUGAUCUGGGCAUUAAGAAACGUAGAAAAGAGGGUUAAAUUGACUGAAAGAAGCCAGUGUCACCCGGCCACUUGCUGUCUGUCCAAGGCGUCUAGGGUUAGCAUGCUGUGUGAUACAGAGGUGAUACAAAACCAAUAACGCCAAUUAGAAAGAGUAUUCCAGCUCAUUGACAACCCAGGGAGGUAAAAUGUAUUUAUUUCCACAAUAAAACCUUAAAGGAACACUAUAGGGUCAGGAACCAGACAGAGACAGAACGUAGAUGCAAAACACCUUUAUUCAAAAAAUAGCAAAAAUAAAAUAAACAAAAAGCAAAGUCCAGGAGGCAAGCGGGGGUCAGGCACCAAAGCGGGUGCCUGACGAGCCACAAUCAGGAGAACGGAGAGCAUCAGAGUCAGGAACCAUGAAUACACCGGAAGUCUUCUGGGAAACAGGAAACCAUGCAAGGGCAAGGAGAUACCGGAACUUGCUGCUUAAAUAGGCUUCACUGAUAAGCAACAGGGCAGGCUAAUAACAACCAGGUAAGUAACUGUGGAAACCGUUAUGAAAGGAGCUGAAUAGCUCAGACACAGAGAAAGGAGGGGUUGCUGUUUAAACCAGCAGAGGAACACUGGCAGGUACACAAACAUGUAUUCCUGACUCUAUAGUGUUAAAAACACAAUCUAGCCCCUUCUUAACCCACUAAAUACAGUACAAUUUUACAUUUAUUCCAGUCUGCUGCUGGCUCUGCCCCUCAUCUGCCUGCUUGGCUGACAUCAUCAGAAGUGGUGGUCUGAGCCAAUUACAAUGCUUCCCCAUAUGAUUGGCUGAGACUGUCAAGGAGGCAGAUCAGGGGCAGAGCCAGCACAAGUCAAACACAGCCCUCAGUGCAUCUCUGUGAGGAAUGUUCAGUGUCUUCAUUCAGUGGGUGGAGACACUGAAUGUCAGUCACACUGUGCAGCACUGCCCCAGGAAGCACCUCUAGUAGCAAUCUGAGGAGUGGCCAGUGGAGUUAUCACUAGGCUGUAAUGUAAACACUGCAUUUUCUAAAACAGUGUUUACUGCAAAAGGUUUGAAGGUAAUGAUUAUACUCACCAGAACAAAUACAAUAAGCUGUACUUGUUCUGGUGACUGUAGUGUCCCUUUAAUAAAAAGAAAGGCUGCAGGCACAGGGUGAGUAAGAUGAAGUAGUUAUGGUAGUUAGUGACUCGUUAAGUUCCCUUAACUGCAAUACAAGUGAUGAUAUAUUACAAAUUUAGGACAAAAUUAUAGAGUUGGAGAAAUUCUGCAGUUAAGCUACAUUGGCCUAUAAUGUGAAGUUCCCAUUCUAGUUUAGUGUAAAAGCCCCAACGUGUUUACCAGGAAGAAGAUUUCUCUUAUUUCCAUGUAUUUCAGAAAUGGGUUUCCAGUCAGGCAGAAAACCACUGACAAUGAAUCGUGUGUUUCCUAUUGGGAUUAUAAGAUGUAGUGCCGUGCUGUAAUACAGAUCUAAUGUCUCUCUGUGUCACUCACAGGAGGCCUGGCUGCUCUCCCGGGAGCGAGAACUCAAGGAAGACGUCAGGAAGGGGCGGGACAAGGAUAUCGAGCUGGUGAUCCAGCGCCUAGAGUCAGAAAUGUCAACGGCCAGGGAAGAGUGUGAGAGAGCCGCUGAAAACAGGUGAGACUGCCAGGGGGCAAGAGGAUCCAUGGUUUUAGGAGGUCACAGAAUAUAAAUUCAUUGUCUAUGGAUGGGGGCACUUUGUGGCUGAUUCCAUAUUCUAACUUACAGUAGUGAUGGUGCGCAACAACAAAGAAAGAAAAUAAAUUAAAAAAUUUAAAAAAUUGUAUUCACUAUGGUCUCUUAUAGAGAGUGAAAGUAACCCUGUGUACAUAAAAUGAGGUGUUUACAGAGUGGAAAUAUUAUAAAUACUUUAAAACCAAACAGUGGUUGUGGUAAAACAAAACACAAUCUGUAGGUAUACUUGCAAACAUGGAAAUCACUCUGACACCUAUUAAGGAGACAAAAACCCAGGCUCAUUACGACCUAAACCAACACACAAAUCAAACACGAACCAGACUGGACCCCCAUACAAAGCCCCAGACGGUACCCCCCCAAAGAAGGACACACGUAGACAGACAUAACACGGAUUGGGACAAAGCUCUAUAUCCAUCAACCUGGCACUAGAAACACGAACAAAUCACCACGUACGAGGCUGGGGACAAAGACGAACUGCACCACACAUAGACGGAGACUACCACACCUCUUAAGUACCAUAGGUCACACUAGACCCAAUAAGUAAGUGAGGGGAAACCUUGCACUGAGCCAACCUCUCUAUUAGGGUCCUACCUACAAAUGAGGAAGCUCAGAUACCAAUGCAGGGUUGUACAACUCCCCCUCUGACCCACGAGCACAAUACAGAGCGGUUGAAACAACCCACCCGAAAACUCGCACGAAUCUUGAGGAGCAACCACAAACUCCAUUCGCACCCGACCACAGAGGGGACUAACCCCAUACAGGGCUAACGACAGAACACAACACAAAAGAACGCUCACUGUUAUAAUGAAGCCAAAUACUCAAAUACAAUUUAUUAUCCAGUAGAUGAAACUAUCUUGAUGCUGUAAUACACAUAACUGACCAGUUUAUAUGUUACCACAUGUUAAUUUAUAUUGGAUAUACAUGCUGUGAUUGAAUAUUGAAAAACUUAAAUAAAGAAUGUCAAAAAAAAAAAAGGAGACAAAAACAGAAAGAGAGCUCCUAGUGCAGCAUAAAUAUAUAAAAUAAAGCAGACAGAGGUGCCCUUUAGGUGUUACACUCACAAGAUUGGAGUGGUAAAAGCACCACUCGUUGCUAUAGCACUCUUUGUUGUUGCGCACCAUCACUACUGUAAGUUAUUUUAUGUUCAAAUCGUUUUACCAGGAUUUGUUUUUGUUGGUUGCUGCAUGUACUAAGAUCCUUCUCUCACUUGCGCCAUCCUAUUUAUAAUCGUUUAUUUUGAUUCCAUAUUUGCUCUAUUUGAUCUACUUUCUAUUUCAUUUAAAAGUUAUAUGAAAAAAGAGGUUUUCUUUCCAUACCAUAAUCUGUAACGCACACACAUUGAAAUGUAUAACCUGAGAAUAUUUAACAAACAAAGAUUUAUUUGGUGUAAAUUUCCAGGAAGAAUGUAAUUCAGAGUGUGUGACCCUUUGAUUAUAACCAAUAUAGAAUAGUAUAGUUAAAGGACCACUCUAGGCACCCAGACCACUUCAGCUUAAUGAAGUGGUCUGGGUGCCAGGUCCAGCUAGGGUUAACCCAUUUUUUAAUAAACAUAAACAUGUUUAUUAAUGGGCUAAGCCUUCCCCUAUUUCCUCUAGUGGCUGUCUCAUUGACAGCCACUAGAGGCGCUUGCGUGCUUCUCACUGUGAUUUUCACAGUGAGAGCACGCCAGCGUCCAUAGGAAAGCAUUGUAAAUGCUUUCCUAUGCGACCGGCUGAAUGCGCGCGCAGCUCUUUGCGCGUGCGCAUUCAGCCGACGGGGCGGAACGGAGGAGGAUCGGAGGAGGAGAGCUCUCGCCCUAGCUGGAAAAAGGUAAGUUUAAACCCCUUUCCCCUUUCCAGAGCCGGGCGGGAGGGGGACCCUGAGGGUGGGGGCACCCUCAGGGCACUAUAGUGCCAGGAAAACGAGUAUGUUUUCCUGGCACUAUAGUGGUCCUUUAAACAUCAACCAUAAUGGCAGUGUGAAGCUUACCAGAGAAGUGCUUAUAAAUUAGGCAAGUAGGGUCAGAGGAACACUCCAGACUUUUAACGUGUUCCAAUAUAAUCUAUGCAAAAACACAUACCUAAAUUUCCAUCAUUUACGGAUGAACCAGGAAUGGCUUUGAUUUUCCAGCCAGUCCUGGGCAGAGCACAGGGUUAAUCCAGUCUUAUGAUAUGUAAAAACAUCCAACAUGCAGAGAGUACAAUAUAGACUGCGGAGUUUGCAUGUAUACACUGAUCAGCCACAUCAUUAACCCCUUAAGGACUGAGUCACAUGUACAAGUUGUGAUCAAAACAAAACGUAAACAAAAACUUGAAAUUGCGCUAUAUGUCUAUUCAGGCGUAAUUCGCCUCUUUCAUAUUAUGUGCACCCACACUUAUUGUAUAUAAUUUUAUUCAGGGGAAACAGGGCUUUUAUUUAACAUCAAAUAUUUAGGUAUGAAACAUAAUUUAAUAUGAAUAAAAUAUAAAAAAAAUGGGAGAAAAUAAGAAUAUUAAAACAUUUUUAGUUCUACGUGACAUUUUAACUGUGAAUGUUAGCUUACUGUAAGCUUUUACUGCAAUAAAAUACACAUAUUCGUAUUCAGCGAUGUCUCGCGUGUAAAACAGUACCCCCUAUGUACAGGUUUUAUGGUGUUUUGGGAAGUUACAGGGUCAAAUAUAGUAUGUUACAUUUUUCAGUUUUUUUUCACAUUGAAAUUCGCCAGAUUGGUUACGUUGCCUUUUAGACCAUAUGGAAGCCCAGGAAUAAGAAAAACCCCCUAUGAUGGCAUAGCAUUUGCAAUAGUAGACAACCCAAGGUAUUGCAAAUGGGGUAUGUCCAGUCUUUUUUAGUAGCCACGUGAGCAUCAGAACUGGACCAUGGAGCUAUGGAAGACAGUUGCCUAGCCUGAUAAAUUAAAUUAAGUUUUCUUUUAGAUUAAGUGGAUGGCCGGGUUUGUGUGCAUUGUUUACCUCAGUAAGAGAUGGCAGUAGGAUGCACUAUGGGGAAAAAGGCAGGCCUGCGUAGGCAGAGCACUGGGUCAGAGCAUCUCCAAAACAGCAAGUAAAAUGUUCCCGAUAUGCAGUGGUUAGUACCUACCAAAAGUUAUGCAUGGAAGGACAACUGAUGAAUUAGAGUCAGGGUCAUUUGGCACCCAAGGUUCACUGAUACAUAUGGGCAAUGUUCUGCUGGGAAACCUUGGGUCCUGGCAUUCAUGUGGAUGUUACUUUAACACGUGUAACUUUGACCACCUACCUAGAGAUUGUUGCACGCACAUCCCUUCACGACAGUAGUGAUUCCUGAUGGCAGUGGCCUCCUGCCACACUGCAAACAUUGUUCAGAAAUGGUUUGAAGAACAUGACAAAGAUUUCAAGGAGCUGCCGUGGCCUCCAAAUUCCGCAGAUCUCCAUCCAAUUGAGCAUCUAUGUGAUGUGCUGGAACAGCAAAUCCGAUCCAUGGAGGUACCACCUUGCAGGACUUAAAGGAUCUGCUGGUAAUGUCUUGGAGCGAGAUCCAACAGGACACGUUCAGAGGUCUUGUGGAGUCCAUGGCUAAAUGUAUCAGAGCUGUUUUGAUAGCACCUACAUGAUAUUAGGCAGGUAGAUUUAUGAUGUUGUAGCUGUUCAGUGUAUGCCUCAGUGUUCUAGUUCACGAUGGGCGAUGGCAUUUCCUGAAUUACAUGUCUCCUGGUCAGGCUGUUUAAACAACAUUUUCUCUGCAUACGAGUACAUAUCUUCCAGUUUCUGUUCUCUGCAUGACAUCCAUAUUAGAGGUUGGAAUCUCGCCAACGCUGCCAGUUUAUAACUAGAUUUUUAUCUUGAUGGUUAAUUGACAGCAGUUUAGUUUACACUUUUACUAGAAAAAUAAUGCGCUGGUUUGUUUUUCGAGAUCUGAGUCAAACUUCCUGAGAAUUAUAGUAUCUCGCUGUGUUUGGUUCUGUUUGUGGUGCAUAGGUCAGGACAGAUAUUGUUUUUUACCAUAUCUGCUAAAACCACACAUGAGACACAACCUGCAGGGAACUAGUUCAACUUACCGGCACUUUACGGUGGACUUUCAAAGGUUGUAUGACUGCCUGCAUCACAAUUCUAUUUUCUGGGUGUGAAUACGGAGCAGGAAAAUUCCUGUGAGACAUGACGGCAUCGGGAUGUUCUUGUGAAUCUGUGGCAAUAGCCGGCAGUGAUUUUAGCCAUCAGUGACGGAUAGACAACAUUAAAUGGGGACAUGCAUAAAAUUAACAGGCCAAGAUACUCCCUUCCCCCAGCUUUCUCAACCAAUCUGUGCUCUGCGUGUUUAUCUAUAGCGAUAAUGUGCUCGGGUAUAAUCUGUAUUAUUAGUAUGACUAGAUAGGUAGAAGGAUCGGUACUCGGGGAGAGCCUUGUUUUAAUUUUUUCUCAAACUACUUCCUACCAGUGGACUGCGCUUAGAGCUUACUGGCAACAUAAUGACAUGACUGAGCUAUAAUAAUAAUUGAGCUGUAUUUCUGUUGCUACAAGUGUCUCAUUAAAGUUAAUCCACAUGUAGAUUAACGGAUCAAAUAUUUACCUGUCGAUCACUUCCCCUCCUGUAACCUGACAAAAAGAAUGGCAGGAUGAUGUCGGCACACGCCACAAGAUGUAAACCAUCCCAUAACUCGCACAGUGCACAAGCACACCAGGAAUUCUGGGAUGUGGCUGUGUACACUACAUUUGCUCACGAUUGCAAUGUACGUAAUAAAAUAGUAUAUUGAAAUAAGAUUUCUCAUAUGAUUACUAUGAGUCUGGCAAUCCUAAUGUUUGGUUUAAAUUGUAUUCUGUGUAAAGUCAGAUUGGAGUGACACUUGCACUAUAAGAUUGACAGUUGCUUUAUUUGUUUAUUGCAUUCUUUUAUGAGUCAAACUUCAGUUUGGAAGUAAAUGAUAUUUUGUGAUUUAUGUUUUGUUUUGUUUUCCUUUUAUAAUUUAAGGGCUAUCCCCUUGGAGAAUAAUUAAUUAAUCUAAGUCUCUGCUUAACUUACUUUUCAGGAUUAAGAGGGUGAGAGAUAAAUAUGAGUCUGAGCUUCAGGAGUUGGAGAGGUCCGAGAGAAAGCUCCAGGAGAGGUGCAAUCAACUCAAAGAGCGAGCGACAGAGCUGGAGGGAGAACAGAUCCGACUGCAGGGACUUCUCAAACAGAGGGAGCAGGAGGUGGAGGAUAUUAGGAAGGUGAGGGCCAUCUCUGCAAACCGUAACGAAGGCAAGGUUAUUAAAGCAGGAUAUCCGUCACCUUAAAUUGAAACCGUUAUUUCGCCUUUCUCAGAUCACAGACCGGCUGACCGAGGAGAGGAAAAGUCUCUCCGAUGUAAUUCGACAGGAAUUCGCAGACCGCCUCGUAUUAAUCGAGGAAGAGAACAGACGCUUAAAAAUAGAAUCGUCUGAAUCCCAAGCAAGGCAUCGUCUGGAGCUGGAGAGAAUCAAUCGGGAUAAGGAGGAGGAACUGGAGGAGGUUCACAAGAGGUGAGUACUGUUUGUGUACUUUCUUAGAAAUGAUGGCAAAGGUGAAUUUAUUUAAUGUUUUACUGGAGUACAAACAGAGUAUACAAACACGCUGCCACGGAGAGUAUACACACACGCUGCCACGGAGAGUAUACACACACGCUGCCACGGAGAGUAUACACACACGCUGCCACAGAGAGUAUACACACACGCUGCCAUGGAGAGUAUACAAAGACGCAUUAAUAAAAAUGAUGCACGCAGCUUAUAGACCAUACACAUGAUGUUCCACUUUUGGGUUUUUAUGAUUGGAUAAAAGCAUUAUCAUGAAAGAAUAGGUUUUGAUAUGCUGUAAAUUAUAAUACAGUUAUACAGUGCUCAGAAGUUUGCACACCCUUGGAGAAUUGGUAAUAUAUGUACCCUUUUAAAGAAAACAUGAGUGAGCAGGCAAAACACAUUUUAUGUUAUUUUUUAUGGGACUCAUAUUCAGCUGUAGGUUAUAACAGAAUGGCACAAUCAUACAACAAAACAUGGCAACAAAGAAAAAAAUGCAAUGACCGCUGUUUAAAAGUCUGCAUACCCUUAGUCCUUAAUACUAUGUAUUGACCACUUUAACAUCAAUGACCGCGGUUGCAGACUUUUCUAAUAGUUGUGUAUGGUGCCCCUAGGUUUUGCAGGUGGUAUAGCUGCCCAUUUAUCUUGGCAAAAUGCCUCCAGGUCAUGCAGAGUCUUUGGUCGUCUUGCAUUAACCGCAUGUUUGAGUUCUCCCCAGAGUGGCUCGAUGAUAUUAAGGUCAGGAGACUGUGAUGGCCACUCCAGAACCUUCACCUUUUUCUGCUGUAACCACUGGUGCGUCAACUUGGCCUUGUGUUUAGGGUCAUUGUCAUGCUGGAAAGUCCAAGAGCGUCCCAAGCACAGCCUUUGUGCAGAAGAAUACAAAUUGUCUGCCUGUAUUUUCUGAUAACAUGCUGCAUUCAUCUUGCCAUCCAUCCAUUUUCACAAGAUUCCCUGUGCCUUUAGAGCUCACAAAACCCAAAACAUUAAUGAGCCACAGCAACGAUUCACAGUGGUUAUGGUAUUUUUUUCACUAUAGGCCUUGUUGGCCCCUCUUCAUACAUAGUGCUUAUGGUUGUGACCAUAAGGCUCUAUUUUGGUCUCAUCACUCUAAAUUACAGUGUGCCAGAAGCUGUGAGGAGUGUCAGGGUGUUGGACAUAUUGUAACCGGGCUUUUUUGUGGUAUUGGCGCAGUAAAGGCUUCUUUCUGGCAACUCGACCAUUCAGCUCAUUUUUGUUCAAGUAUCGUCGUAUUGUGCUCCUUGGAACAACCACACCAUCUUUUUCCGCAGCAGCCUGUAUUUCUUACCUGUGGGGUUUUUAUUUGUAUCCCGAACAAUUCUUCUGGAAGUUGUGGCUGAAAUCUUUCUUGGUCUACCUGACCUUGGCUUGGUAUCAAGAAAUCCCUGAAUUUUCCACUUCUUAAUAAGUCAAUGGACAGUACUGACUGGCAUUUUCAAGGCUUUGGAUGUUUUUUUAUAUCAUUUUCCAUCUUUAUUAAGUUCUAUUACCUUGUUACGCAGGUCCUUUGACAGUUGUUUUCUGCUCCCCAUGGCUCAGUAUCUAGCCUGCUUAGUGCAUCCAUGCGAGAGCUAACAAACUCAUUGACUAUUUAUACACAGACACUAAUUGCAAUUUAAAAAGCCACAGGGGUGGGAAAAGACAUAUUUUGCAUGAUCAGCCAUAUUUUCAAAAUCAAUGCCAAAAUUUCACAAUUUCUGACCGGGUAUGCAAAUUUUUGAGCAUAACUGUACAUUAACAUAAAUAAGGACCAAUGACAAUCAGAAUUGUUAUCUUUAUGUUUACUGAUCCCGUAUAAUUAACAAAUAUUUAUAUGUGAAAAAUAAAAUGUAGAAAUUCACACCUCUCUAUCCUAUAACUGAGCGCCUUUCAACCACUUAAUGAGGCAAUUGUCCAACUUCUGAACCAAAAGAAAACUUGAAUUAACAACUAAAGAAAAAAACUCUCUAGGAUUUAGCUUAAUGCGAUCAUCCAGCCAGGUUCAUUUAAAGGGCUGCACACGGCUCAUCUGUCAGUUUGGGGCCAUUAAAUCUGGAAUGAUACCUGUGUCUGCCACCACGGUGCAAACAGGAUUCAACCAUAUUUACACAUUGUCUUCCUAAUAGCAUUAAAGUCCACUAUUCUCAGGACAGCAUGUAACGUCGGAGAGGUUUCUAAGAAUUUAUGCAAAAAAUGCAUAAGUAACUUAUUAUUUUUUUAUAAAACCCUAUGGAUUGUGCAUUUUACAGCACACUGUGAGGGCUGCUAUUGAUUUAAUUUUGUCAAAGAUCUGUGAUCAUAAAAAAUUCAGCUGUAUUCUGAUUGGCUGAAGCACCAACCGACCAAUCAAAAUUUACCUUUAAUACAAGACUUCUUUCAGCGUUACAAUAUAUCACGGCAACUCUCAGCGUUAUUUACUGAGUUCCAAAUUGCAAAAUUCAAGCUAAUAUGGCGGAUUUGUAAACAUUAUCCAACUCUGCUGUAGUCACAGUUAGGCUGGGAUUGCCGCAGUUUUUCAAUGAACUCCAUUGUCAAUUCUUCAGAAAAUCACUUUUGAUUCAUUAUUAACAAAUGAAUUUAUUUGGAAUGUAAAGGCGCCUGUUAGAAGAGGUCAAUAAGCUAUUGCGUCAUCGCUGUGCAUUGUGUCUGUGUCUCUGUUUAGGGUGAAGACAGCACUUGUGAAGAAAGAAGAAACCAUGAAUAGCCUGAGGAAGCAGCGUGAGGUGAGAAUUCCACGUACUGUUCGGGUGUAAAACAUGCUUUACUGUGACCUAACCACUUCUGAAAGACAGGCACACAAUGCAGCUGCUUUGUUCUCCUGUCAGUAGCCUGGCCCAUUCUCACAGAUCUGGCCACGUUCCUUCUCCAGGAUGCAAUCCUUAGUGAACACUUAUGGCCUAGAUUUUGAUACACACCCACAGAAACACAUGUGGCUGAUCACUAAAUUCCAACUGAUCGUGAUCCUUGUUACCUUGUUAUGGGUAUGUAAGGCUACUACUUACUAACACUGCUUAAUCCCCCGUAUAAAAACUCAGAUGGCCAUGAAAGAAAGCUCCUAAUCUAGAGCGUUUAGCAAAUAUACAAAUCAGGAAUCCACAACAACUCAGCUUUAAUUGUCAGUCCACAGACUUAGAAACAUAGAAUGUUACGGCAUAUAAGAACCAUUCACCCCCCGUUAGUCUGCCCAAUUUUCUAAAUACUUUUGCUUAUCUUAAGUCUAGGAUAGCCUUAUGUCUAUCCCACGCAUGCUUAAACUCCCUCACUGUGUUAAUCUCUACCACUUCAGCUGGAAGGCUAUUCCAUGCAUCCACUACCCUCUCAGUAAAGUAAUACUUCCUGAUAUUAUUUUUAGCAACGCUAAUAUAUUGUGGGCUCGUUACAUAUUAUAUUGCAAAAUAUUUUACCCCUUUCCUUUUUGUUUAUCAUCUAGUCUUAUUUAAGAUUUGAUAUAACAUGUUUGCAUUUUAAAUAUUAAUUUGUUUAGUGAGUAUACCCCUUUUUGUUCUUGUUUUGACUUUACUAAGUGGAUUUAUUCCUUUAAUACCAUUUAUCUCCUAUUCCUGGUUCAAGCAGUGAAACGACUUUUUGCUAUUUAAUCUACAAUAGGAGAGGUUCAUUAAUAUUUGAAAUACAUGUUACGAGCCCGUACAAGCUUUUUACAGAAAAACUGUGCAGUGCUACAGCUAACUUCAUUUGCAAAACACAAGAAUAAAGCAAUAGAAUCCACAAGCUUGUGGCUAGCUACAUUCAUGGUUUUUAUAAAUGAAGUUACCUGAGAAUGUGUGAGCUCUCUUAUAGAAAGCUACAAGAGAACGUGUGCCGCUGCAGAUAGACACUGACUGAUUUUACACACAAGACAAGGUAAACUUUUUAAAAUGACUGAAAUGUGGAAACUUAUAUUCAUAUAUUGGUCAGUGACCUUUUGAAAUGCACAGCACAUGAUAUGUACUAAGUAUUGUGGGAGCAUUGUGAACGAUCCCACAGAGGAGAACUAGACAGACAAUUCAGGAAAUAAGAACUUUCCUGGCAGUUUAUUUUUAUAUGCAAUAUACAUUUUAGUAAUUUGUGUGAAGCAGAAUGAAUCCAUGCAUUUCCCCGUUUUACAGACGUGACCGCAGCACGUUCUUAUCAUCAUUUGUGACAAUUCUUUUCUACAGGCGGCCGAGAAGCGAGCAGAUCACCUGGAGGCCCUUCUGGAACAGCAAAGGAAGCAGCUGCUUACGAAGUAGAUUGCACUUCCUUUAUCCAAUCCGUGUUGUCCCCAGACACCUGCUCUGGACCAUGCUAUGGCCAUCCAAGCUCUGGACCAUGCUAUGGCCAUCCAAGCUCUGGACCAUGCUAUGGCCAUCCAAGCUCUGGACCAUGCUAUGGCCAUCCAAGCUCUGGACCAUGCUAUGGCCAUCCAAGCUCUGGACCAUGCUAUGGCCAUCCAAGCUCUGGACCAUGCUAUGGCCAUCCAAGCUCUGGACCAUGCUAUGGCUAUCCAAGCUCUGGCCCAUGCUAUGGCCAUCCAAGCUCUGGACCAUGCUAUGGCCAUCCAGCUCUGGACCACGUUCUGGCUGACAAGUUUAAGUCUGAUUAUUGAUCACAAUCUGUUUGCAUCCUUACUAGCUAUUUUUGACAAUAAAGCUAUUUUUUUUUUAAUACUUUCAGAAUAAUGGUCUUUUUAGUCAAAUAUCUGACAUGCAUAAUGGGUUCAACACUAUGUAAGGUUGUUGGCUUUUAGUGAAUGUCAUCCUAUUGACUCAGGGUUAUGUACUUAAAAAUGAAUUUCACAUUUUAGACUAUGUAGCGGAGUAGUAGUAUUAUCCACGGUAUCUCCGCUGGUAGACAGAAUAAAACAGGUACAAAGCAGGCAAAAUGCAGGUAAAAUCCAGAUAGCGUAGUUACAAUCCCUUUCUCCCAAGAACUAGACGACACAUAGCUUGGAGGUAAACUGAGGUUUUUAAUCACAGGCACAGUAUUUAUGUGGUUACAAUUG